AAUCACACUAACAACAAGAAGAUACAUAUGGGACAGUUUAGGAGGAAGAGCAGACAUGAGAAACUGCUCCUUUAACUUACUUGGAAUCAACUCCAACAUGUGUGCCUGGGAGAAAAAAAAAAAAAGAGUAUGUGUUUGGAAUGCCUGAAUCUGCUGUGGUUGUAGAAAAACUGUGCAUGAGUGGAUCUCAUUUCUUGAAUGCAUCAGAAUAUGAGCUGAGCAGAUUCAAAACAAUGCACCAGCCGAAGCUUCAAAAGAUGGUGCAUGACAUCAAGAAAAAUGAAAGUGGGAUAAUAAACAAGUUCAAAAAGUUCCAAAAUGAACAAGUGGCCUUAAUUUGCAAAACUGGGAAAGAUACUUGGGAUCGCCUUAAAAAAAAGCCACCGCCAAGUCUGCCACAAAGGGAUUAUGCUUCAGAACACGCAGACGAUGAAGAGGAACAAUGGUCAGAUGAUUUUGACAGUGAUUAUGAAAAUCCAGAUGACCACUCUGACUCUGAGAUGUAUGUGGUCCCCAGUGAAGAGAAUCCUGAUGACAGCUAUGAGCCACCUCCAAGUGAGAAGGAGAAAAAGAAGAUUCCCUCUGCAUUCCCUAUUUCUAGGGGUGAAUAUGCAGACAAUCGCCCCAGUCACCAGAAGCUUCCUCCCAUGAACAAACCUCUCCCAAGCACACCCAGUCCAGCCAUGUCCAGACCAAAGAAACCAUGUGUGCCAUCCAUGCCACUGCCAUCUCCUGCUGCAAAACCAAAAGUGCCACCUAAGCCUAAGGAGUGCAGUGAUGAUGAGGAUAACUACAUUGUGCCAGUGGACAAUGAUGAUGAUAACUAUAUUCAACCCACAGAAGGCAGCACGUCACUACCUACAAGAUCACCUGUGAACAGAUAUAUGAAGACAACAAAGCCAGCCCCCCCUAUUUCUCCAAAGCCUUCUCUUACUUCUGUUAUGCAAGAAGUCUACGAGGUUCCUGAAGAAGAGGAAAAACCAUCACCACCACCAGUAACCAGGUUCACCAAGCCACUCAUGUUCAUGCCUGCUCAGAGUACAGAGCACUCCCACAUGCACAGCAUGACCAGAGAGUCACCUAAGCAGGAUAAUUCCAGAAAUAUUUUGCCUGUCCCCAGAAGUCGUCUUCAUCCAAAACCAGACCAUGAAGCAAACAAUAAUGAUGAAAGUCAGAGGUUCAAUAACACACAGGAAUCCAGAUUUCCUACUGGAGCAGCUCCAUCUCCGUUACCAAGGGGCCUCAAGAAAACUUCUAAUGCAGUAAUUUCACCAAAACCAUGUUUACCUUCCAGAGAGACCUUAACUGCAAAUGAAGAAAAACCCACGGUACCAGACCGACGGCGCAAUUCCAGCCAGGAACUUCCACUUCCCCCCCUUCCAAGUGGUGCCCAAAAGCCUCUGCUCCAAAAGCCCUCAAUUCUGCCAAGGCCUUGUGUUCUGUGGAAUCAGACAAAAAGCCCUGUAGAUGCUCAAGUCACUUUUUCCACUUUAGAAGUCCCAGAAGCUGUAAACCGAUCUUUGGGUACUUCCCCUCCCAGCAGCAUUUCAUCUGUUUCAAGUUCUGCAGACCAGGAUGCUGGUGUUCACAGAAAAGCAUGGUAUGCUGCUACCUGUGAUAGGAAAAUGGCAGAAGAUGCAUUGUACCGAUCAAACAAGGAUGGAUCUUUUCUAAUAAGGAAGAGUUCUGGGCAGGACUCACGGCAGCCGUAUACACUGGUGGUGUUUUACAACAGAAGAGUGUACAACAUCCCAAUACGAUUCAUUGAAUCAACAAGGCAAUAUGCACUGGGCAGAGAAAAAAGUGGUGAGGAGCGCUUUGACAGUGUUGCUGAAAUAGUAGAGAAUCAUCAGCGCACCUCCCUGGUUCUAAUUGACAGCCAAAACAACACAAAAGACUCAACAAAACUGAAAUAUAUUGUAAGAGUUUCUUAAUCAAACUGAACUGCUGAAAUGAAGACUUCUUUAAUCAUUUCUUUCAACAUACUGAGAUGUGGACAAAGUAUUAAAAGAAGAAAAUCCAAAAUGAUGGGAAACACUCUUCAAGAGCACCUACAGAGUAGUAAGAAAUGCAUUUCAUAGAGUUCAACCCCACGUCACUUUUAUCAGGAAAGUUUAACACAAGAAGCCAAAGCAGACACACUGUCAUCUGUGACAACAUGGGUAUCCAGUCAUGGGAAGAACAACUGCAUACCACAGCCUCUGACUGCUGUUUGGAGACAGAUUUCUUGAAGGACAUUUUCAUUUUAAAAAUGAGAAUACCCACAGUGAUCUAUUCUUUCAAUUUAUAUUUACCACAUAUCACUGCUUUCAGCAACUUCUUUGUAAAGUGCACAGCCCCAGAAAUUAGAGCAACUUGACCUAAUGUACCACUGUGCACAAGUUGAAAAUAGGACUGCACUUUGAUUAGUGGUAAUAAAUCCACCUGAAUGUUUUAAAUUUAUGGACAUGUGUUGUACUUUCCGUCAGCUUCACCCUGUUUCACUGAUAUGUUUGUUUGUAUUUUCAAAUGUAAAAAUAAAAUUUAAAUAUGCUGUAAA